AUGAGUGAGGCAGGAGAGGCCACCCUCACGGAGGUGGCCGCCUCCGACUCCCCGCAAGCCGGCUACCCCCAAGCCGGCUCCCUCCAAGCCAGGAAGAGAGAUCUGUCGUCCUUGGGAGGCGGAGACUCUGUCCAGGCCCUAGUCACCAGCCACCUCUGCGAAAACUCCGUCCCCGAGGCCACCGUGGCAGCUGGCACCAAGGAAAAGGCGCCCAAGCAAGUGAUCGCCGAGAGGGUGAGUGGAUCCGUCAAGUGGUUCAAUGUAAAGAACGGGUACGGUUUCAUCACCAGGCACGACACCCAGGAAGAUGUGUUCAUUCACCAGACGGCCAUCACCCGGAACAACCCCCACAAGUACCAACGCAGCGUGGGGGAAGGCGAGACCGUGGAGUUCCAGGUGGUGCAGGGCAAGCAGGGCAUCGAGGCUGCGAACCAUCGCAGCGCCAGGGGCCCUGAGGGGGACGUCUAUGGCUAUGACUAUGACUACCACUGCAACUACGACUACUACUACUACGACUACUACGGCUGCUACCACUACUAUGACUACUAUGGCUACUAUGACUACGACUACCAGGGCAGCAGAGAAGACUUCGCCUUCGCCCAGGGCCAGAGGCGCUGCCUGCACCGCCGCCCCCAAGACCAAAGGCUGAGGCGCUUUCCGCCCUUCCGCAGGGCCAGGGCUGUGACCCGCCGCCCUUCCACCUCCGCUCCCGCCAGCCGCCCGCCGCGGGCCGCCCAGCUGCCUGGGUCUGCACCAGCCGCCAGGCCCGAGGGCUCACCACCCCGCCGUGGGCCUGGCCCCAGCUACCGCUUGAGUCGCCCUAGGGGCCGAGGCAUGGCCCCUCGUCCAAAGUCCUCUGAGCAGCUGGAGGCAGAAAACAAGGAGAGCGGGAGCGAUGCUGGCUCUGCAGCCUGCGGCCCCAGCAACCCCCUCCACCGCCAGCAGCAGCCGCCUGGUGCCCAGGACCACAGCCCUGAAGGAGGAGAGGACGACACCACCAGGAAGGGCCCUGCUGGAAAACCCGCUUGCAUUGCCAAUCAGAGCAGCACCUCAGAGGAGGACGCCGCAGUUGCAGAUGCCACCUCUGCUGCACAGGCCCAGUGA